AUGCAAAGAACUUCGCGGAACACCGCAAGGAACUUGUGCGCAUGGCGUUUGACAACCUCGAGAAAGCACAAGCUCGACAGAAGAACUACUACGUCGGUAGAGUUCAACGAAGGCGAUUAUGCGAUGCUGGCGACGCGAAACAUUCCGUUGAAGCAUGCUCAAGUCAAAAACAAGAAUGUAAUGGCGAAGCUCGUGCCACGAUUCAUUGGGCCGUUCAAGAUACAAGAAGUUGUGAACGCCAAUGCGAUGUGGUUGAAGUUACCACGAAGUAUGAGAAGGCUUCACGAUGUCUUCAAUGUGGAUCGCUUGAAGCAUCAUGUCCAAAACCCAGAGCGAUUUCAAGGAAGACCAAUACCGAAGGUGACUCCAAUCAUUCUCGACGACUCUGGAAAUGAACUGCACAUCGUUGAAGCGCUGUUGAAGCAACGACAGUUCAAUCGGAAGAAGGAGUACUUGGUCCAGUGGAAUGGUUUGCCCGAACACGAAGCAACUCGGGAGCUUGAGGGCAGCAUCAAGCAUGUUUCCCAUUUCAAACGAUUGCUCGAAGACUCGCGUUCAAUAAUCAAAGCUGCCAAGUCGACAACCGGGGGUGAAUGUAACGAUGGCAAGGUUGCUGACCAAGAAUACAGCUUGUCGGAUCGUUAA